GUGGAAAGUCCCCUUAGUAGUUCGUUUCAAUGGCAACUGUAAUCGAAAGAGAUUCCUUUGAUCCUUUCACCAUGGUAAAUCAAGAAGUAGUAGACAAUGCGCUACACACACCAAGCCGAUUUCUUCUCAACUGCUUCAGUGAAUUGACACCAAGCUUCGGGGAAAGAUACGGAUUCGAGGAAGCAAACCCUUUCGAACAAAGUUUCAAUGAGGACGUUCGCACUCGCGAGAAUCACGUUAACACAGAGUCAAAAAACUUGGAUCUCACAAUUUCAAAUUUAUCGUCCUAUCCGUCACCCGUUUCCCCACCCACUUCAGUAUCUUUAUCCGAUGCUGGUAGCGAACCGCUUUCUUCUCCAGUCAAACCCACCAAAUCCCUAAGCACGAGCAAAGCAACAGUUUUCAAAAGCCAAGGACCUGAAAAUUUUGAAUCUGGCAAUGGCGCCCGAGCAUCUAAAUAUAAAACGUUGAAGCACAAGCUGUCGAUCGACGAAGACGAAGAUGAAGAAGACAUGGAAAUAAAGCGUCUCCGAUUUUUAGAACGCAACCGACAGGCUGCUCUCAAAUGCAGACAGAAGAAAAAGCAAUGGGAAAAAGAACUACAAGUUCGUUCAGAUGAAGUUGUAAAGCGCAACAAAUCCCUACGUGCUACUGUACAGGAACUGAAAGAAGAAGCUAUCUUGUUGAAGAAUCAACUAUUAGCGCAUUCAGAAUGUGACUGCACUGUUAUUCGAGAGUACAUAGCCAAGAGUGGUUCUUUCAAGUUUUACUCACAGGACAGCUAUGGUCCUGAUGUCGCCCAACCUCUUUCUAUGGCCCCGAUGAACAACACUGUACCACUCCAAGUAUCACCGGUUAUGUCGCAUACUGACGCCUACUCACUUUUUACAAAUUCAGACUGAUUGUGCGAAAACAAGCCCUUCGUCUGCUUUUUGAUAAAAAGUUGUAACCCUUGUAAUUCACUGUAAAUAGCUUCCUUAUAUCAUGUUUCUCAUUACUGCAAAGCACACCUAUUCCGAUCACUUCUCUGUAAUCAUACGACGCUUGUUAGGCGCUAACCAAUCCAUGCAAAAAUAGCAAAUCAAAAAAUUCAAUUCAAGCAUCAUUCUUCUUUUUUGCUGGCAUAGCACCAUUUCCUAGCUUUCUUUAUUUUUGGCUUGGCUUAAACAAGAUGAUUUAUUAAAAUAAAAAAAGUAAAAAGUGAUGACACUGAUAGAAAAUUUGA